GAAAACUCGGCGACCGAAGUGGCUGAAAGGGGGUGUAUCUAAUUCAAGAGAACGCCAUCACCACAGACUAAAAUUACAGAAAAACCAAUCCCCCGACCUCAAUAAAAAAUAAUCACACUCCACCCCUCUCCGAUCGAAAGAGAGAAAGGAAGGAAGGAAGAAAAAUGGCAACAGCUCCGCCGAACGGAAUUUCGUCCCUCUCGUCGGACGCAUAUCUGGAAAGCAAGAUUGUGAAGGAGACUAGGUCACUAGUCGCCGAUCUCUGCCGUCAGUUCUACACACUCGGGUGGGUGUCAGGCACCGGAGGCAGCAUCACCAUCAAAGCCCAUGACGACUCCGUACCCAAACCCCAACAGCUCAUUGUCAUGUCCCCUUCUGGGGUUCAAAAGGAGAGAAUGGUUCCUGAGGACAUGUAUGUGCUGUCUUCGAGCGGCUCGAUCCUGUCCGCUCCUUCCCCCAAACCAUACCCUCACAAGCAUCCUAAGUGUACGGACUGCGCUCCUAUCUUCAUGAAGGCUUAUCAGAUGCGUAAUGCUGGGGCAGUAAUUCACAGUCAUGGGAUGGAGUCUUGUCUAGUUACAAUGAUUCAUCCCUCAUCAAAGGAGUUCAGAAUAACUCAUAUGGAGAUGAUAAAAGGAAUUCAAGGGCAUGGUUAUCAUGAUGAGCUUGUGGUUCCAAUAAUAGAAAAUACUGCCCAUGAAGCAGAGCUCACAACAUCCCUUAGUGAAGCGGUGGCAGCCUACCCAAAAUCAACAGCAGUGCUUGUUCGCAACCAUGGGAUUUAUGUAUGGGGAGACUCAUGGAUCAGUGCCAAGACUCAGGCUGAAUGCUAUCAUUAUCUCUUCGAUGCUGCUAUCAAACUCUAUCAGUUGGGUUUGGACUGGUCUAGUCCAAGUCACGGUCCACUUCACAAUGUAAAAGGUUUAUCGGGUGAUGGUAGGAAUGUAAACGGGGCUAUGAAGGCUGGGGUUCUGAAUGAAAAUAAUGCACUUGAGCUAUCUAGACAAUGUAUUCUUCUUGACAUUGAAGGCACCACAACCCCAAUAUCAUUUGUUACUGAUGUUCUUUUCCCAUAUGCCCGUGAUAAUGUGCGGAAACAUUUAACUAUCACAUAUGACAGUGAAGAAACUCAAGAUGACAUUAAGCUUCUGCGAGCCCAAGUUCAAGAUGAUUUGGAGCAAGGCGUUGUUGGUUCUGUGCCCAUUCCCCCCGAUGAUGCUGGUAAAGAGGAGGUGAUUGCAUCCUUGGUAGCUAAUGUGGAGGCAAUGAUAAGGGCUGACAGGAAAAUUACCGCUUUGAAACAACUGCAGGGCCAUAUAUGGAGAACUGGAUUUCUACAUAAAGAAUUGCAGGGAGUAGUUUUUGAGGAUGUUCCAGAAGCUCUUGAGAAAUGGCAUGCUAUGGGCAUCAAGGUUUACAUAUAUUCUAGCGGUAGUAGAGAGGCUCAAAGGCUUCUCUUUGGAAAUACAGCAUAUGGGGACUUGAGGAAAUAUUUAUGUGGAUUCUUCGAUACGGUGAUAGGAAACAAAAGAGAAACAUGCAGUUACUUGGAGAUUUCACAGUCAGUUGGAGUUGAUAAGCCAUCUCAGAUCUUAUUUGUGACAGAUGUCUUUCAAGAAGCUGUGGCUGCAAAGGCAGCAGGUUUGGAAGUAAUAAUCUCCAUCCGUCCAGGAAAUGGAACUCUCCCAGAAAACCAUGGGUUUAAGACAAUCAAGACCUUUUCAGAAAUCUAAGCAAAUGCCAUCUAGAGAGAACCUUGAAUUGUUGCCACUUCUUUUCUUUUCUUCUAUGGGUGAAACUUAUUAAUGGCCUGGUUUUCAUAACCACGGCAAAUGUGUACGUUCAUCAGGCGCCUUACCUUGGAUGGUCUGUAUCCCAAAAUUUCCACAUAUUGUACACUCCUAAGUCCUAACCCUUGGAUUGGAGGAUUCUCUGUGGUGGGCUUCUUUCCAAUAACCAUCCAUUUUCUUUCCCCCUGGGCCUCCAUUGAUAAUGGUUAGGAUUGAAGAUGGGUAUGAUUUCUGAGAGUAUGGCUCAUCUAAGGAACAGGAUAAUUGAUGAAUAGUUCAUAUGUUGCAUUCGUUUGCCACGUGUUUGAAAAUUGAGCUUCUGAUAACUUUGGUGAGAAAAAAAGUGACAAACAGUAGUCUUGCCCUAUACUCUGCAUCUUUCCAGAUGAUAUUGUUACUGAAAAAAUGUUAUAUGGAAAUUUCAGGAUACUAAUAAAAGUUUUCUAUUACAAGUUC